AUGGAAGGCCUCGAGUCUUUGCGGGACAGCGCCCACUCGACCCCCGUGCGCUCCGCCUCGCACGGCGACGCCUUCCUGCCGCGCUCGGAGAGCUGCCGGGCAGAGAGCAGCGAGCGGGUGGCCAUCAUCUCCGACGAGAUCUACAGCCCUCUGGACAGCGUCCUGCCCACCCCGGUGGCGGAGCACAGCCUGGAGCUGAUGCUGCUGUCCAGGCAGGUCAACGGGGCGCCCUGCAGCAUCGAGGAGGAGUCGGAAGCCGGCACCCCCACCACGGCCGAGGCCCCCGGCAGGGAACUGCGGGCCUUGGGCCCGGGCACGGCUCGCCGGGGCCACGCCCAAGCGGAACAGGCGAUGGUUUGCCUGCAAAAUCCGCUUCCUGCUCAGCCUCUUCCUUGACAGCUGAAGGGAGGGGCGGCCUCCUCCUAGUCACUAGCCAGGUGGACUGUGGAAGAGCCCCGGGCAGUGGGACGCCUCGCACACGGCACCCUCGGCACAUAACAUAAGGCCUCCUUUCAUGCCUCAGAGUGCGCUGCGGCCUGGCCUGGCCUGGCCAGGGGGAGAGAGCGGAAGGGAGAGAGAGACUCCUGCCAGACCCCGGCUGCCCGCUGUCCCGCCCGGGGGCUCCUCCUGCAAUGCCAGCUUCUGCAGCAGAUCCGCUUCCUCACUUUAAAAUUAUUCUGCAACCUUCAAGUUUCAUUUUAGCUUUCAUAGAUGUGCUCACGUCAGAAAUUCCAAGGGAAAAGAGUUUUAUUUUGUUACUACGGAUACCUGCAUGAUGCGCCAGCCAGCCAGGCAACCUCUGGCUAGACCCCCACCUGGCUCAAGAGGACCGUUGGUUGUUUGAGGCAGGAGCUUCUGUUACGGUGCUACCACAUUGCAAUUUCAAGAUGAAAGGGACUCUUAUUUUAUUGGAACUCGUAAACGUCCAUGGU